UGCUCUGCCUCGCGCCGUUGUUUUCUGCAGCGGAGGAGACUCGUGCUAUGUCGGGAAAGUUCCGGGAGGGACUGCUGGGGGCCACGCGCCCGGGGCGCUCGGGCCAGCGCCCGCCCGCCGCCCUUUGUAUGAGGCAACAGGCCUCCUGUGGAAGAUGGGACUCCUUGUCUGCUUUCCAGAAUAUGUUUCAAGGACCCUCAGUGAAACAUGAUUACGCUGCUCUGGGUUAAAAUGCUUGAGAGACAUCCACAUCUCUGAUGGCCACUUCCAUGAGACAGAAACAAUGGUCUUAUCAACAAUGUUGACUGCAUCCCAUGCUGGGGCAUCCAAUACAACGUUCAUAGUAUAUGAAAACACAUACAGGAAUAUGACGGUCCCUCCACCAUUCCAGCAUCCCAGUGUUGACCAGCUGCUCAGAUACAGUUUUGAAACCAUGACUCCCACUGGGAUGAAUUCCUUGAUGGUGAAUAGCACGGCUGGGUCCCCAACACCAGCCACUUUUGAGAGCCUCAACUUGCCUCUCCAGAUCAUCCUAUCUGCUAUGAUGAUAUUUAUUCUCUUUGUGUCUUUUCUGGGGAACUUGGUUGUUUGCCUCAUGGUUUACCAAAAAGCUGCCAUGCGAUCUGCAAUUAACAUUCUCCUUGCCAGCCUGGCAUUUGCAGACAUGUUACUUGCAGUGCUGAACAUGCCCUUUGCCUUGGUAACUAUCCUUACUACCAGAUGGAUUUUUGGGAAAUUCUUUUGUAGGGUGUCUGCUAUGUUUUUUUGGAUGUUUGUGAUAGAAGGAGUAGCCAUACUGCUCAUAAUUAGUAUUGAUAGAUUCCUUAUUAUAGUGCAGAAACAGGAUAAGCUAAAUCCAUAUAGGGCUAAGGUUCUGAUUGCAGUUUCUUGGGCGACUUCUUUUUGUAUAGCUUUUCCUUUGGCUGUAGGAAACCCUGACUUGCAGAUACCUUCCCGAGCCCCACAAUGUGUAUUUGGGUAUACAACUAAUCCGGGAUACCAAGCUUAUGUGAUUUUGAUUUCUCUCAUUUCUUUCUUCAUACCCUUCUUGGUGAUACUGUACUCAUUUAUGGGGAUACUCAACACUCUUCGGCACAAUGCUCUGAGGAUCCAUAGCUACCCUGAGGGUAUAUGCCUCAGCCAGGCUAGUAAACUGGGUCUGAUGAGUCUCCAAAGACCCUUCCAGAUGAGCAUUGACAUGGGCUUUAAAACGCGUGCCUUCACCACCAUCCUGAUUCUCUUUGCCGUCUUCAUAGUAUGCUGGGCCCCGUUUACUACUUACAGCCUUGUGGCAACAUUCAGUAAGCAGGUUUAUUAUCAGCACAACUUUUUUGAGAUUAGCACCUGGCUGCUCUGGCUCUGCUACCUCAAGUCCGCGUUGAACCCACUGAUUUACUACUGGAGGAUUAAGAAAUUUCAUGAUGCCUGCCUGGACAUGAUGCCGAAGUCCUUCAAGUUUUUGCCGAAGCUCCCUGGUCAUACUCGGCGCCGGAUUCGCCCCAGUGCUGUCUAUGUAUGUUCGGAACAUCGGACAGUGGUGUGACUCUUAGAACUGCCUGUCAUUUUGGAUGAUGGUUGUGGUUGUUCU